AGCUGAUCAGUGUGCAGAAUGGACUAACCUGCUCGGGCACUUCAAACUUGAAGACAGGUAACCGUACUGUUGGGUUUGGUGAACGGUAAGAAGCCAAAGUUAAAAGGAUUAUACUCAGCUGUUCAAGUCCUUGGAGCCAGGAGUGAUCAUUCAUCUGGCAGUGGUCUAACACCUCACUCUCAGGACGGUAGAAGAACCUGUCAGGAUACAUCAGCAGAGCUCUCACAGCCUCUUAACUUACCAUGGAGCCAAGGAACAUUUUUUUGAUUCUGCAAGGUUGUUUUUGAAGACAGAUAAAGAAUGUGGCAGUGGCCUUUGUGUGCUUCUGGAAUUUCACUUUAGAAUUUGUGUCAUUUAUCCUUUUUUGUGCUAUCUGUGAAGAGAUUUCAUCUACAGAUUUUUCCUUUUUUUGUGACAUGCUUUGCCCGAACAACUGUCAAUCCAACACAAAUGACAUCCAUUCAUGGUGUUCUUUAUAGCAAAGCUAAAUCCUGGAAAAAAUAUCAAUUGUCAAGGAAUUAUUUGCACUUCAACCAUGGCCGGAGACGAAAGUCUGAGUCUCAUGCCUUUGUCUGCAAGACAUCAGCAAGGUACCGGACCUUUUGUGGGACUUGUCCUCUCUUUUUUUCCCCUUCGUUCCCUAAUUUUAUAUUAUGUCCUGUCAUGUGCAGCUGCAAGUAGUUUACCUGGAAUAGAACAUGACUAUAGCAUUAGCCCGAAAUUUGUUUGCACCCCCAUUCCCCCGGAAGCAGACCCUAGCUGCUAUUCACCACCCAGUGUGCCCCAUGGACCGAGCAGUAACCUUCACAGUAAUGACCAUAGUGGCGGCGGCCGUCGAGGCACGAUGUCCGAUGAGGCCAAAGCCACGAUCUUGCACCUGCGUGAAAGUCUUGUGAGGCAGAAGGAAACCAUCCUGGACCAGCGGGAGACCAUUAGAGAGCUGACUGCCAAGCUCACCCUAUGCGAAGGGUUUGGGGGUCACCAUGGCAUCGACAAUCAUGACAAUCACGACAGCCACCAUGACACCCAUCAUGGCAACCCUCGGGACAACCACAACAACCACCAUGACGACCACCACGGACAGCACGGCAACCAACACGGGCCAUCGUCACUGCACCACGCGACCCCAGCACAUCACAGCAACGAUCCUCACCACUCCGGAAACGGAAACCACAGAUCGGAUCAUCAUCCCAGGAAGGGCUCGUCGUACAGCAAACACAGCUCCUUCUCCCCAGAACAGACGGGAAAGACCCUGCAGACACUGAAGGAACGGCUGGAGAACUUGCAGGCCAGGAACUCUUCCAGCUCCUACUCAAGCUCCCUAAGAGAGCUCCUCCAGAGAAAAAUCAAUGCUCUAGAAGAGCAGUUGCAUAACUACUACAGGGAUCACCGUGACUACGGUAACCAUAAGGACCCUCACAGAGAUAACCACGAUGACCAUCACCGUGAUCGCCACGGCAGCGGCCACCACGAUGAUCACCAUGACGACCACCAUGAUGACCACCAUGAUGACCACCACGAUGAUCACCACGAUGACCACCACGAUGACCACCAUGAUGACCACAACGCCAACGGCCACCGUGAUGACCAUCACGGCGGCCGCCAUGGACCCCAAGAAAACCACCACGGCAGCCACAACACCAACCACCACAGUAACCACGGUUACAACCAUCGCAGCGAUCAUAACAACCGCCACUAUGACCACCGUUACGAUUGGCACCAUGGCCGGUAUUAUGGACACUAUGGCAACCAUCGUGGCAGCCGCCAUGAUGACCAUCACAACACCCAUCACGAUGACCACAAUGUUGGCAUUCACCAUGACGAUCACCGUGACGAGCACCAUGACGAUCACCAUGACGAUCACCAUGGACCUCAACACCAUGAUGAUCAUCACGAUGAUCACCAUGACGACCACCAUGAUCCGGGUCAUGACAACGAUCAUCACCCACCACAGCUGCCUUACACCAACAAGGAGACAAGUUCCCGGGGGACUGGACACAACAAGCUGGAAACAGUUCUCGGCCAACUGCACCACGGCAAUGACCAUGGAAACCACAAGAAGCUAAAGAGUCCCAAUGCCUUCCUGCUCGACUUCCCCAUGAGGACCAACUACAUGUACGGCCGGAUGAAGCGGACGGUGGUGAAUGAGAUGUUCGCCAUGACCAUCUGUCUGUGGCUGAAGUCCGGGGAGGGCCCCGGCCUCGGCACGCCCAUCUCCUACGCCGUGCCUGGACAAGCCAACGAGUUUGUGCUCAUGGAAUGGGGCACCAAUCCCAUGGAGCUGCUAAUUAACGACAAGGCAGUGACAUUGCCCAUCACUAUGACGGAUGCAAAAUGGCAUCACGUGUGUGUGACGUGGUCGACGCGUGAUGGCGUUUGGGAGGCCUACCAGGACGGAGUGAAGAAAGGUUCUGGCCAGAACCUGUCGGCCUGGCACCCAAUUAAGCCGGGAGGGAUCUUCAUCCUGGGGCAGGAGCAGGACACAAUCGGAGGCCGCUUUGACAUCACUCAGUCCUUCGUGGGACAGAUGUCAGAUCUCCAGCUCUGGUCCAGGGUCCUCACGGCUACUGAGAUAAACACCCAAGCGACAUGUGCAGGUCACCUCAUCGGUGAUGUCAUGUCCUGGUCCGAGGAAUGGGUGGAGCUCCAUGGAGGGCUUAUCGAGGUUCCUUUUGACCCCUGCCAGUAACGGAAAACACUGAACCCCAUCCAGCAAGACCUUUAGGAACAAGUGAUUAAAUGCCUGUGUCAAAUGAUGGAGUGGAAAAAUACGAGUCGAUUAUCCGUCAAGGAUGACGCAGUUGCCAUUCCUUGUCUGAUCUGUCUUCCUUUUCCACCUACACCUUUCCAAUCCAUGCUCGCAGCGGGACGGCUCUGAAAGCUCCAAACUGUGGAGCUUUUGGAUUUAAAUGCGGUCAUGACUCCAAAUGCUCUGAGGGGGUCCAAUGGACAUAAUCGCAUUUCCUUUCCCAACAACAGCUCCAUUUGGCAGACGUUGACCAGCAUCUUCGACGGAAACAUGGAGACUAAAAUUUGGCGGGGGGGGGGCUUUUUUUUAAAUGGUGCAGGUCAUAUUUGACAUGGUUUUAGUAAAAAGGGACAAUGAUGAUUUUGCACAUUAUAUUAGUAUUUCAUAUUGAAAAUCAAGUGCAGGCUUUUUGUUGGAAAAAAAAACAUGCUUUUAUGACAUUUAAAAAAAUGUAACGCAUGCUUUUAUGUGUUCCAGUAAAUUUUGCAUUCUGUCAAUGCAGGUUUGAAUGAAUAUAUAUGUACACAUGUAUAUAUAUUUCCUCUGUCCUCUUGGUUAAGUGGAUUACCACCAAAGACUGUUGUGCAAUAGGAAGAAGUUCAAGCUCAGGUGUGUGACAUGUUAUGUCUAACCUGCCGCCUAACACCGUGAAUGCAGGUUAAAUGGACUUCAACAUGUUAGCGAGGUAACGCCAGCAUCUCCACAUCAACCUGUGGCUUAUGGUCGGAUUUACCCGGGAACACCUGACCUAAUCCUGCUAUUUUCAACCAGCUCAAACCACAUGACAAAAUCAGACACCUCAACAAAUCCAGACUCUUGCACAUGAUCGGAGAAGCUAAGCAGGCCGGACAGUUCUUGCUAAAGCUGCUAAUAGCACCAAUUUCAAGUUUUAUAAUUUUCUUUUCUUUUUUUUACAUGUAAAUCAUAUGAAAAUAGCCUAUUUUAAAUUUAAAAAGGAAUUUAUUUCUGUAUAUAUCACAUUGUAAAUAAAUAAAUAAGCACCAUCUAUAUCUCUGUUGUACGACGGAGUAUUAGGGCCAAACUAAGACAAAAAAAUUACGAGAAUAAAGUUAUAAUAUUACGAGAAUAAAGUCGUAAAAUUACGAGAAUAAAGUCAUAAUAUGAUGAGAAUAAAGUCGUUA